AGCAGCUGGGCACAGAUGCCGAUCGAGAUUGUGUGCAAAAUCAAAUUUGCAGAGGAGGAUGCGAAACCCAAGGAGAAGGAGGCAGGGGAUGAGCAGAGCCUCCUGGGGGCCGCGCGGGGGGCAGCAGCCCCCCGGGACCUGGCCACCUUUGCCAGCACCAGCACUCUGCACGGGCUGGGCCGGGCCUGUGGCCCAGGCCCCCAUGGACUGCGCAGAACCCUGUGGGCACUGGCCCUACUCACCUCGCUGGCUGCCUUCCUGUACCAGGCGGCCGGCCUGGCCCGGGGCUACCUGACCCGGCCUCACCUGGUGGUACUGGACCCGGCUGCCCCAGCCCCAGUGGCGGGCUUCCCGGCCGUCACCCUCUGCAACAUCAACCGUUUCCGGCAUUCGGCACUCAGCGACGCGGACAUCUUCCACCUGGCCAAUCUGACGGGGCUGCCCCCCAAAGACCGGGACGGGCACCGUGCCGCUGGCCUGCGCUACCCAGAGCCCGACAUGGUAGACAUCCUCAACCGCACUGGCCACCAGCUCGCGGAUAUGCUCAAGAGCUGCAACUUCAGCGGGCACCACUGCUCCGCCAGCAACUUCUCGGUGGUCUAUACUCGCUAUGGGAAGUGUUAUACCUUCAACGCGGAUGCACAGAGCUCACUGGCCAGCCGGGUGGGGGGCAUGGGCAGUGGCCUGGAGAUCAUGCUGGACAUCCAGCAGGAGGAGUACCUGCCCAUCUGGAGAGAGACAAACGAGACAUCGUUUGAGGCAGGCAUCCGAGUGCAAAUCCACAGCCAGGAGGAGCCACCCUACAUCCACCAGCUGGGCUUCGGCGUUUCCCCAGGCUUCCAGACCUUUGUGUCCUGCCAGGAGCAGCGGCUGACCUAUCUGCCCCAGCCCUGGGGCAACUGCCGAGCGGAGAGUGGGCUCAGGGAGCCUGAGCUUCAAGGCUACUCGGCCUACAGUGUGUCUGCCUGCCGGCUGCGCUGUGAAAAGGAGGCCGUGCUUCAGCGCUGCCACUGCCGGAUGGUGCACAUGCCAGGCAAUGAGACCAUCUGCCCGCCCAAUAUCUACAUCGAGUGUGCUGACCACACCCUGGAUUCCCUGGGUGGGGGCUCCGAAGGCCCGUGUUUCUGCCCUACCCCCUGCAACCUGACCCGCUAUGGGAAAGAAAUCUCCAUGGUCAGGAUCCCCAACAGGGGCUCAGCCCGGUACCUGGCAAGAAAAUACAACCGCAACGAGACCUACAUACGGGAGAACUUCCUGGUCCUAGAUGUCUUUUUUGAAGCCCUGACAUCCGAGGCCAUGGAGCAACGAGCAGCCUACGGCCUGUCAGCCCUGCUGGGGGACCUCGGGGGACAGAUGGGCUUAUUCAUCGGAGCCAGUGUCCUCACGCUGCUGGAGAUCCUAGACUACAUCUACGAGGUGUCCUGGGACCGACUGAGGCGGGUGUGGCGUCGUCCCAAGACCCCCCUCCGGACGGCCACUGGGGGCAUCUCCACUUUGGGGCUUCAGGAACUGAAGGAGCAGAGUCCCUGCCCAAGCCAGGGCCACGCUGAAGGCGGAGGCACCGGCGGCCUGCUCCCAAACCACCACCCCCGGGGAGGCCUCUUUGAAGACUUCGCUUGCUAG